UGGCCGGAGGAUUAUAACACGAUCGAGCGACCAAUCCAAGCACCUACGCACUCUUCUUUGCUCUCAUCCUCUAGCUAGCUAACUAGCUCUCUUGGAUCAUCCAUGGCGAAGGUGAUGAACCUGACCCCGGUGCACGCGUCGUCGAUUCCAGACUCCUUCCUAUUGCCGGCAGAUCGACUCCACCCAGCCACCACCGAUGUCUCCCUGCCCAUCAUCGACAUGUCCCGCGGCCGCGACGAGGUCCGCCAAGCCAUCCUCGACUCUGGCAAGGAGUACGGCUUCAUCCAGGUGGUCAACCAUGGCAUCUCCGAGCCGAUGCUGCAUGAAAUGUACGCGGUGUGCCAUGAGUUCUUCGAUAUGCCUGCGGAGGACAAGGCGGAGUUCUUCUCUGAAGACAGAAGCGAACGCAACAAGCUCUUCUGCGGCUCCGCCUUCGAGACCCUAGGCGAGAAGUACUGGAUUGACGUCCUCGAACUCCUCUACCCCUUGCCUUCGGGCGACACCAAGGACUGGCCCCACAAGCCACAGAUGCUCCGGGAGGUUGUUGGGAACUACACCUCGUUGGCAAGAGGCGUGGCCAUGGAGAUCCUGCGGCUGCUGUGCGAGGGACUGGGACUCCGGCCAGACUUCUUUGUCGGGGACAUCAGCGGAGGCCGCGUGGUCGUCGAUAUCAACUACUACCCGCCUAGCCCGAACCCGAGCAGGACGUUGGGCCUGCCGCCACACUGUGACCGGGACCUUAUGACCGUCCUCCUCCCCGGGGCCGUUCCUGGCCUCGAGAUCGCCUACAAGGGCGGCUGGAUCAAGGUCCAGCCCGUGCCAAACUCCUUGGUUAUCAACUUCGGCCUACAGCUCGAGGUCGUGACCAACGGGUAUCUGAAGGCUGUCGAGCACCGCGCGGCCACCAACUUUGCCGAGCCCCGGCUGUCAGUGGCCUCGUUCAUUGUGCCGGCAGACGACUGCGUCGUCGGCCCUGCGGAGGAGUUCGUCAGCGAGGACAACCCGCCACGCUACCGCACCCUAACCGUCGGCGAGUUCAAGCGCAAGCACAACGUUGUCAAUCUGGAUUCCUCAAUCAAUCAGAUCAUUAACAUCAAUAACAACCAGAAGGGAAUAUGAAGCAGAACCAGGAGAAAGAGGAUUUGCAUCACUUCCUCGAUCGUUCGAGAAAGGCCAAGUGAUGCCAAGUUUUAUUCCAAUGUCUCUCAAGUCGCGACGGGUGUCAGUUACAUCUAGCUGAUACGAGAUAUUUAGUCGUGACAUGUGAUGAGAUCGUACGUACCUGUCGUACGUGUUGGUGAUACCAAGCAAUACAAAUGUGACCAAUAAGUUGUAUGUUUGAACUAAAUAAUAAGCACGGAAUGAUCUAUACAGAUUGUGGUCAA